ACUAAAGAUGACUUGCCUAUCAUGCAGAGUUCAUUUCUGCGUGUUUCUUCUUGUUAUUUCUUCAUGUAUAGUUCAAGGGAAAAAGAGAAUGCUGCUUCAUAGCGACUCUGAUUUAUUACAGGCAUAUCAUACUUUGAAUGCAAAGGUACAGAGCAUGGAAUCAGCAUUUGCUCAAUUUCAGAAUACAAAAGCUUUACAAGGAAUCAACACAUAUAUUCGAUGGGGACGUACAAGUUGUCCUGGAAACGGAACAUCCACGCUUUACUCAGGGUACGCAGCAGGAUCUUACUACAGUCAAUCUGGCGGAGCGGCAAAUUACCUCUGUUUGCCACCGGACCCACAAUGGGGUGUUUAUGAAGUUUCUGUAUCUUCCGGGGGACAGGUCUAUGGCGCCGAGUACGAACUAGGAGACAGCCAUGCAAACGGCGGGUCUAGUUACUUUGGAAACAAUCUCCGUGACGAAGAUGCCCCUUGUGCCGUGUGCUCCUGUCCAAGAUCCAGUGUUCUAAUGAUUCCAGGUCGUCUUAAUUGUUAUCCUGGAUGGACGAAGGAAUACAGUGGCUAUCUCAUGUCUGGACACCACGCACAUGCGUCCGCUACCGAGUUUGUAUGCGUUGAUGCACACCCUGAAACCUUAGUUGGCGGCCAUCCAGAUCAAGAGGGCCGUCUAUUCUACCUGGUUGAAGGUAUCUGCGGUUCGCUGAAAUGUCCGCCAUAUAUCAAUGGCCGCGAACUGACUUGUGUUGUUUGUACGAAAUAGCAAUAUUAAAACAUAUAGCUAUUA